AUGAGAAUUGAUCAAGGCUUGUCCAAAGUUCAUUUUUAAGGGUGAAAAAAAACAAGUACACAGAACUUGAGCACCACCAAGCCAAGCACCUCCCCAAAGGGAAGCUUGAGGGUUGAAGCUCCAAUUGGGGCAAAAAGUGUGUGUGUGUAUAUAUAUAUAUAUAGGGUUGACUUCCAUAUUCAACUAUUCCAGAAUCUCUUUCCUCUUCUUCUCUUCCUCUCCAAAAAACCCCCACUGCAGUGGCCGAUUACUUGAUUGAUAGGCACAAAUUUUCUCCUGAAACUGCUUCGAAAGUCUCUUCCGUCGUAAAGUAUCUGAAAAUCCUGAAAGACCCAUUCGAUUCUUUCAUUUCUCGAGGAAAUUGGUAUUUUAGAUACCCAACUGGAGUGUGUCAUCAAACGCGUGCCUCAACUUCUCUCUGCAAAUCUUGAGCGCUUCAUCAAACCCAAAAUAAAGUUUAUUCGAGACUUCUAGUGAUGUUGUGGAAAUUGUUUCUUCUCAACCAUGGAUUCUAACUGCUAGCGUUGAUAAACGGCUUGCACCGUCAAUUUUAGCAUUGAAUGGGUCCAUUUUGACGCAUGAUUUGGCAAAAACUAUAAUCUCACCAUCGCCAUCAUGUUUCCCAAAUUCCUAAUUAUUCUAUGGACCAAUACAAUGAAUGUGUAUGUGCAGGUGACAAACAAAAAUGGGUCAACAAGAGCUCCCCCAGUUACAGUUCAGGCUUCGGUUAUGUCAGACAUGGGAAGGCUUCUGCCACAAAGAUUGAAGCAAUUGGCUGAAACAAUCACAGGGUCUCCUGCAAAAAUUUUUGGCCUCAGUAACUCUGUUUUUGGUAAAGUUAAGGAAAUCAGGUUAUCUUCCUAUCUCAAUCGUACACUUGAUGCAACCCCAACUCCUUCUCCAGCUUAUGCUCCAUCUCCCGAGGAAAAUGACCAUGCAGAACCCUCUAUUUCCCCAUAUCUCUCUCGUUCUCCAUCUUAUUCUCCAGUUUCCUCACCUAAUUUUCAUCACUCGCCACCUUGUUUAAACUGUGAUGCUUCUUCGCCAUCUGAUGAUAACUUUCCAUAUGCACCAAGACCGGAAAAUGGGCCCCACCCUUCUUUACCUCCGAUUUCAAGUUCUCCUGCACCAUCAAUUGUAAAUUUACAUUCCCCUUGCUCUAGUCCACAUUGUGGUUCCACAGUUCCACGAAGCCCCUCACCGGCAUCUCAUUCUAACCCGACUGCUCCUACAUUUUCACGUCAUGCUUCUGCUGCAUAUCCACCUUCCACGGGUCCCCCAUCACAGCUGUCCCCAGAUCUUUCUCCUUUACCUGCUGUAUCCUAUGGUUCCAGUCCAGGCCAGGACAAGGGGAAUGGGAAAGAGUUAUUAUCUCCACCACCAGCCUCGCUGUCAAUCUCACCGUUGCCAUCAUGCAAGUCGGAGAGGUUGACUUGGAUCUUGCUUGACCUGCGGACUUGUGGAAAAACGAUUUAAAACGGGGCCUUCCCCGGUGUUGCAUCAAGUAAUUCAAUAAGAGGCCUCAGCCUUGUUUCAUGGAUCGGGAGAUGUGUUAGCUUCUCUCCUCGUUAGACGGUUAGGUUAGGCCAAGCAGGUGAACUGGGUGGACUACUUGCCUUUACUCGAGUCUCUGAUUCGGUUAAUGCAUUUGAACCAAUGAUUGACAAAGGAUUGACGAGCAGCUAGACAAGAAAGAGACGGAAGUGGUGCAGGUUUAGUUCCCACGCUUACUUAAUGAUGAAAGGAGAAAAAGAAAGUUCGACUUGCAUGUUAUGUACUCUGUAUUAAUUUCCUUUUAUCUAUUGAAAGAAUAGGUAGAGUAGGAAGGAAUUAAUAGAUUAUUUAGAUGUAAAGAACAUAUAAAAUAAAAUAGUGCCCCAUGAGGAGGCACUAGGUACAUAGGGAGUCAUUUGAUUAAAACUGUACAUAAGGAGUUACAGACGCCAGUUGGUGAGGCUUGGGUGAUAACCAAGUUUGAAAAUUGGCUUCUCCCAGUGAUGUCUGUCAUUAUGAGUUCUGUUUCAUGGGCUGUAAGAUCUAAGAAGAUAUUUUUCAAGAAGCUAAGCAAGAUUUGCCUGAUACAAACACGAGUGGUUUCAUCAUAUGCACGAACAGCUACACUGAGGCAUAAACCAGGAAGUGUCAAAUUUCAACUGCCUAGCUGCAAUCACUGUGAAAAUAUUCAAUUUUGCGCAAGUUUCAUGGGAGAUCUUAUCAAUGAAGGAAGCCGUUGUAGGAUAUUAGAUUUUCUUAUUUGGUUUUAAGGAUGUUCAAAAGAUUUUAAAUCUUAUUAGUUUUGGAAAAUGGCAA